AUGAAAGAUGCAGUGAAGAAAGUGGUUACUAAUGGCAAUGGAGGAAGAAGAAGAGGAAUCAAAAGAAGCCAUUUGAGAUUUCAUUAUGAUCCAUCAAGUUAUGCCCUAAACUUUGAAGAAGACGACCAAGACGGUUACUGUGGCAAUUUGGUCAGAGAAGAAUCCGUUAAUACUAAACUUUCUUCUUCAUCUUCGACUAUGGCUCCUGUUCUUAGGAAACUUUUUACAAAGGAGAUGUGGGAGAAAAAGCUUGAUAAACAUUCUUCAUCUUUGAUUCAUUUACAUGUAUCAAAUUCAUCGAUGAUGAAGAAGAUGGUGCAAUUAUCGAAUGAGAUUAUAGAAGAGAUUUUUUGUCGAUUGCCUGUUAAGAGUCUGUUCCGUUUUAGAACUCUAUCUAAAUCAUGUCUUUUUUUGAUCAGCAGCCCCUAUUUUGUCAAAUUGCAUCUGAAACAAUCUGUCAAAACCAAGAGCAACAUUAGCCUUUUACAAAAGCACUAUGAUCUCUAUCGGGUGGAUCUUGAUUCCCUCCAAGAUGGUGAUGUUCUUCAACCGGUGGAGAUCAAUCCCAUUCCGAGUUUUGGGAAUUAUACACUGAAGAUUUUGAAUUAUAGACUUAAAUGUUCCUGUGAUGGCUUGCUUUGCAUGUCAAAUAUCCAUGACAAUAACAAUGUCUUCUUAUGGAAUCCAUCAAUAAGAAAAUGUAUAAAACUGCCUUACACAUUUAUUGAUUUGGCAAACCAGGUUAGUAUUCCCAUCACUUAUUGUGAUUAUCGAAUUGGAUAUGUUAACACCAAUGAUGAUUACAAUAUAGUGAGAAUUGCAUAUAGAGGUAGAUGCAGCAUGGUCGAUUACGAGUUUAAGGUUUACAGUUUGAGAUCAAAUUCUUGGCAUAGGCUAGAGAAGUUUCUUUAUGUUCCGGAUUUUUUUAGCUUUGGAGAUUCCAUUGUUGGUGGAGCUCUGCACUGGAUCUCAAUUGUGAAAUCAGAAGAUUUGAUUGUUGCCUUUCAUCUUGGGACAGAGAAAUACAGAAUGCUUUCACAUCCGGAAUACCGCGGUCCUUAUUAUAGGUUGUAUUUGGAUAAUUUUGAAGGAUGUCUUUCUUUAACUUGUUAUUACAAAUCAUUUGAUGUGGAUGUGUUUUUGCUGAAAGAAUAUGGUGAGAAGAAUGAAUAUUGGUCGAGAUUGAUUACACUGUCAUAUGCAACUUUUUUACAGAUUCAUCACCCUUUUAAACUUGUCGCUUAUUCGAAGAGUCGUAAGAAAAUACUGUUGGAGAUGGAUUAUAUGAGGCAUGUUUUGUAUAAUGUAGAACAAAAGUUAACUGUAGAAAUUAAGGUUGAUCGUAUGGGACCCAUAAUUAAGCUACAUACUUUCGUUGAGAGUCUCGUCUCUCUCGAUGUUCCAGCACCUGGAUACAUGGGAAGUGGUGUAAAAUCGCAGCCGAUAAUUGUUGAAGAACCAGACGAAAUGAAUGCUUUGGAAUGA